CGUGACGUGCUGCUCUAUGACCAUUCUAAUGCAUAAUUUUCCAUUUCUGAUUUCCGCACACAGUUCUCUCUCUCUCUCUCUCUCUCUCUCUCUCUCUCUAUCUGCGAGCUUCGAGAGAUCUCCGUCAAUUCAAUUUUAGAUCUGUGUAGCUCCGUAGCGAUGGAAAUUCAAAUGGAUAACGGAGAGAUCGGAGAAGGCGGUGGCGGUGAAAUCUCUCCACAAAGCGGUCGUAAAUACAGACCAGUGGUGGCCCAUGACCGCGCUGUUCUCGAGAUGUCUUCUUUGGAUUCUUCUCCCUCUUCUUCUUCUGCUAGCUUCUCCGCCCGUGAAACUCCUCUUAAGAAAAUUAAAGUUGCCUCACAAGCAAAUAUGGGUUUGGAUGCGAGAAAAGGGUCAUCUCCUACAACAACCAAUGCCUCACAAAGGGAAUCUAAAUUGGAAUUGUUUGGUUUUGAUUCUCUUGUUAAUAUUCUUGGGCUUAAGAGUAUGACAGGGGAGCAAAUUCCUGCACCUUCUAGUCCUCGAGAUGGUGAGGAUGUUUCUAUAACUCUUGGCCGUCCAAAGAUUAAUGAUGUCAAAUUGGGGACUAUGAUGGGCGUAUUCAUGCCGUGCUUGCAAAACAUUUUGGGGAUAAUUUACUAUAUCCGAUUUUCUUGGUCUUCAACAGUGCUGCUCACAACUUUAUUCUCAAAAUUUCAAGAUGCUGCCAGAGUAAAUUUAUCUGCGAGGAUUGUUGGUAUGGCUGGCAUAGGUGAGUCACUAUUGCUGGUCUCAUUUUGUGGCCUGUGUACUUUCCUGACUUCAAUAUCUCUGAGUGCCAUUGCAACUAAUGGUGCUAUGAAGGGUGGGGGACCAUAUUAUCUCAUUGGUCGUGCCCUUGGUCCGGAGGUUGGAGUUAGUAUUGGAUUGUGUUUCUUCCUUGGGAAUGCAGUUGCUGGAUCUCUUUAUGUGUUGGGAGCUGUGGAAACCUUCCUAGAUGCUGUGCCAGCUGCUGGGAUUUUUAGACAGACUAUCACAAAGGUUAAUGGGACUGUAGUCCCAGAACCCAUUCCGGCUCCAAGUUUACAUGAUCUGCAAAUAUAUGGGAUCGUUGUGACGAUCAUUCUAUGCUUUAUAGUAUUUGGUGGUGUGAAAAUUAUAAAUCGGGUUGCCCCUGCUUUCCUCGUACCAGUUUUGUUCUCAUUGUUUUGCAUAUUUAUUGGGAUUUUUUUGGCAAGGAAGGAUCACCCUGCAGCUGGGAUUACAGGCUUGAGUUUGACAACCUUUAAGGAAAACUGGAGUUCUGAUUAUCAAAUUACUAGUGAUGCUGGAAUACCAGAUCCUGAUGGAUCUAUAUAUUGGAAUUUCAAUGCAUUGGUUGGUCUUUUUUUCCCUGCUGUAACGGGAAUUAUGGCUGGUUCAAAUCGAUCUGCUUCAUUGAAGGACACUCAGCGUUCAAUUCCAAUUGGAACGCUGGCUGCAACUCUUUCAACUUCUGCUCUUUAUCUAAUUUCUGUGUUGCUAUUUGGAGCUCUUGCAACAAGGGAGAAGCUUCUGACAGACAGGUUACUCACAGCCACAGUUGCUUGGCCUUUUCCGGCAAUAAUUUAUGCUGGAAUAAUCCUUUCAACAUUGGGGGCAGCUCUUCAAAGCUUGACAGGUGCUCCCCGCUUGCUGGCUGCAAUAGCCAAUGAUGACAUCCUUCCUGUCCUUAAUUACUUCAAGGUUGUAGACGGGAGUGAGCCUCACAUUGCUACAUUCUUCACUGCCUUUAUUUGUAUUGGGUGUGUCGUAAUUGGGAACUUGGAUCUUAUCACACCGACUAUAACCAUGUUUUUCCUUCUAUGUUAUGCGGGUGUAAAUUUAUCAUGCUUCCUUCUAGAUCUUCUAGAUGCUCCAAGCUGGCGUCCUCGGUGGAAAUUUCACCAUUGGAGCCUCUCGCUUCUUGGGGCAUCACUUUGUAUAGUGAUCAUGUUCUUGAUCUCUUGGUCAUUCACAGUAGUAUCUUUAGCCCUUGCAAGCCUUAUAUAUUAUUAUGUAAGCAUUAAAGGAAAGGCUGGCGACUGGGGGGAUGGUUUCAAGAGUGCAUAUUUCCAGCUAGCUCUCCGCAGUCUUCGAUCAUUGGGAGCAAGCCAAGUGCACCCAAAGAACUGGUACCCAAUCCCUCUCAUUUUCUGCCGACCAUGGGGCAAGCUGCCCGAGAAUGUACCCUGCCAUCCCAAACUUGCAGAUUUUGCCAACUGCAUGAAGAAAAAAGGCCGUGGAAUGUCCAUCUUUGUCUCUAUCCUAGAUGGAGACUACCAUGAGUGUGCAGAAGAUGCCAAGGCUGCCUGUAGACAGCUCAGUACCUACAUUGACUACAAGCGUUGCGAAGGUGUUGCAGAGAUAGUUGUAGCCCCCAGUAUGUCUGAUGGAUUCCGCGGCAUUGUCCAGACCAUGGGCCUUGGCAAUCUCAAGCCCAACAUUGUGGUAAUGCGAUACCCUGAAAUAUGGCGCCGUGAAAACUUAAGUGAAAUCCCAGCCACCUUUGUUGGAAUAAUAAAUGAUUGCAUUGUUGCCAACAAGGCGGUUGUUAUUGUCAAGGGCCUCGAUGAAUGGCCAAACGAAUAUCAAAAGCAGUAUGGCACCAUCGAUCUGUAUUGGAUUGUGAGGGAUGGUGGUCUAAUGCUUCUACUCUCUCAGCUUCUCCUUACCAAAGAGAGCUUUGAGAGUUGUAAGAUUCAGGUGUUUUGCAUUGCAGAGGAGGAUUCUGAUGCGGAAGAGCUCAAGACUGAUGUGAGGAAGUUCCUUUAUGAUCUUCGAAUGCAGGCUGAAGUGAUUGUAAUAACAAUGAAAUCAUGGGAUGCUCAGGUGGAGGGUGGAUCCCAGCCAGACGAGUCAGUGGAGGCAUUCAUGGGUGCUCAGCAACGGAUUGCCCAUUACUUGGCUGAUAUAAAGGAGAAGGCUGAGAGGGAGAGGACACCACUAAUGGCAGAUGGGAAGCCUGUGGUGGUGAAUGAACAGCAGGUGGAGAAGUUUCUUUACACGACCUUGAAGCUGAACUCAACAAUAUUGAGAUACUCGAGAAUGGCAGCAGUUGUACUGGUGAGUCUGCCACCACCACCUUUAAGCCACCCAGCUUACUUCUACAUGGAGUACAUGGAUCUGUUGGUGGAAAAUGUACCACGGCUUUUGAUAGUAAGAGGAUAUCGUAGAGACGUUGUGACUUUGUUCACAUAGUUACCUUGUUUCCUGGUCCUCUCCUUUUUUCUUUUGUUUUUUCAUUUGAUGUUCAUAUCUUCUUUUUAACCCAUUCUGAUCAGUGUUGCAGCCAAAUGUAGACAUUCAUUCUUUUGACCACCGUUUUUGCUGAAGCGGAUCUUUUUCCGUUGGCGGAUUUUGAUGGACAUUCUAAUUUGUUUAGUCCUGGAAUAUCGAGGCAUAUUUAUUAUACACAAAUAGGACCGCAAUUGAUAGUUCUUUUCCCGUACUCAUAGUGCCUGGGCGUUAAGAAUUCAAAUCUCAACUGGACUUUCAGAUUUUAUGUAAGAUUUUAAUAAGAUUCAUUCUCACA